AUGUUGUGGGAUUCAUUGCUAGUGUACAUAUGCGCGAGUGUCUUAACGGUGUUCAUAUAUUUUCAAUGGACCCGAAGAAAAAUGUAUGCCAGUCUGGCUAGCAUGUCCGGACCUACCAGGCUACCACUGAUAGGGCACGCCCAUAAAUUUGUCAACGUAUCACCAGAAACCAUCGCUGACACGCUCAUAUAUUUCGUCAGCAACUUUCCGUCGCCGGUGUGCAUACACAUGGGACCCUUGCCUCACGUAGCCGUUUUCGAUCCCGAACAAGUACAGGCAGUUCUGUAUUCUCCGAACUGUCUCGACAAAUCCUUGCACUACUCAUUUUUCCGGAUUCCACGAACACUGCUAACUGCACCCGGUCAUCUAUGGAAAGGCCUGAGAAAAACGCUGAAUCCUGCUCUGGGACCAACUAUUCUCAACAGUUUCAUACCGAUUUUUAACCAGAAAAGUGCCCUCCUGGCCGAGCUACUUGAGCAACACGUCGGAAAACCAGAGCGUAACUUUGAACGGGACGUUGCCAAGUGUACACUUGACCAAAUUUACUUAACUGCUUUUGGAUGUGACCACCGAAUGCAGCAAUCACCGGAAGGUGAUAUAUCUUUGGAACUCUUUGACAUCUACAUGGAAAUCAUGGUAGCUAGGAUGUUUACAAUAUGGAAAUAUCCGGAAUUUAUCUACCGGAUGACCAAAGCAUACCGGAUAGAAAGAGAAAGCCGUAAAACCUAUCUCAAAAUGAAUAGCAAAUUGCUGCAUGCAUUCAAUUUGGGUGAACAAUUUCACAAGUCAAACGAUGAUAACGGCACCAGUAAACCCAAAAAUGUCCUUGAGUGCCUUAAAAAAUACAUAUGUGAAGUCAAUCCGGCGGCAAAGGAUGAUAUCCCCCAUCAUAUUGUAAUGAUUCUUUUCGCGGGUAAUGAUACAACAGCUAAAACAGUCAGUUUCAUUUUGCUAAUGUUAGCAAUGCACCCAGAUGUUCAAGACCGUUGCUUUCAAGAGAUUAUGCAAGUAUGUACUGGAGAAGAUGGAUUUGUUUCCGCCGAAGAUGUAGCAAACCUUACGUACCUUGACAUGGUGUGCAAGGAAACUAUGAGACUUUACCCCGUUGGUCCAAUGUUGGCUCGGGUAACGACCGGUGAAGUCAAACUAAAUGAUCAACACAUCAUUCCAGCCAACUGUAACAUUAUAAUAGGAAUUUAUCAAAUCCACCGGGACCCAAAAAUAUGGGGUCAAAACGCCGACAAAUUUGACCCGGAUAAUUUUCUCCCAGACAACGUGACCAAACGACAUCCGUACUCCUUUAUUCCCUUCAGUGGCGGGCCAAGGAAUUGCAUGGGAAUGCGGUAUGCCGUUCUCUCCAUGAAGAUUACGAUCGUUCACAUGUUGAGAAAGUACCGCCUGAAGACAUCGCUCACAAUUGAUCAACUGAAGGUCUCUUACGGGAUCAUGUUGAACAUUGCAAACGGUUGCCAGCUGACGAUUGAAAAAAGAUGA